AUGCGGAGGUUGGCCGUUGACUGGGAAUCUUUUGUGAUAGAGUCUCAGGGCUUGUCUGGUGGUAUUGUGAUGCUGUGGAGACGUGGAGUGGCCUCUAUAGAGGCCUUUUGCAAUUGCCCGCAGCAGGUUGUGAUGGUCAUCUCGGAACCGAAUGAACCCCCAUGGGUCCUGUGUGGGGUCUAUGCUAGCACGGAUUACCGCACUAGGAGACUUCUUUGGGGUGAGCUGUCCCGGUUGUUGACCCGGGGGGUGCCGACGAUGGUGGUGGGUGACUUCAACUGCAUCCUUGCCCCCUCUGAGAAACGCGGAGGCAGAGUCUAUUCUGAUUCAGUGGACAGGAGGGAGUUUCGGGAGUUUAUGAAUGGGGCUGGCUUAGUGGAUCUUGGGUUCACUGGUCCGCGCUUCACCUGGUGCAACAAUCAGUCUGGACGCUCGAGGGUGUGGGAGCGGCUUGAUAGGGCCAUCGCCUCCGCAGAUUGGAUUCAGCGGUUCCCCUCCUAUCAGGUUAGUCAUCUUGCUCGGAUUGCCUCAGAUCACUGUCCUAUUCUGAUUUCUACAGCUUCGAGCUCCAGUUACCACAGUCCUUUUCAUUUUGAGAAGCUGUGGUUGUCUUACCCCCAAUCUUGGAGAAUAGUUAGAGAGGCUUGGGGCAUGCCAGUUCAGGGCGAUGCCAUGCAGAGGGUGUCGCGGAGGCUGGAGCUCACCAAGCGUCGUCUUCGAAGAUGGAACCGGAAGGUAGUGGGUAACAUAUUCCGGAGACUAGAGGAGGUGGAAGGCAGGAUUGCAGAUCUUCAGGGGAGGGAGGACCGAGGUGGGGAGUUGGAGGAGGGUGAGAUGUCGGAUUUGCGACGCUACUUGGCCUCUCAUCAUUCCUUGCUGCAUCAACAGGAGACAAUGUGGAGGCAGAAGUCGAGGGUCCAGUGGGUCAAGGAGGGGGAUCGGAACACUAGGUUUUUCCAUCGAUCGACGGUCAUCAGAAGGCAAAGGAAUAUGAUUCGAUCGUUGAGGGUUGGGACGAGCCAGUGGGUGGUGGAGGACACUGCAGUGAGACAGGUGUUGUUAGAUUUUUUCAGAUCUAGGUGGACGGAGGUAGAUGGGCCCUAUGUAUCGGAUCAGCUCCCCAGGCCGGCAGUCUGUGUUGAGGAGUCAGAGAAUGCAGCAUUAAUCCAGCCAGUUUCAAAUAAAGAAGUGCAGGAGGCAGUUUGGUCCCUGUGGGAGGACAAGGCACCAGGUCCGGAUGGAUUUCCGCCAUUCUUUUUUCAUAGGUAUUGA